GAGAAUUGAUAUCCCGGGACUGAUUACGCAAAAAGAACAUGUUGGUAGCCGAAUGGGAUCGUUUACAAAAGGUGAUCAGGGACCACCAGGCAAGGAUGGAAUCAAUGGGACUACAGGGCCACAGGGCCCACCAGGCAACGAUGGGGCUACGGGACCGCAGGGGCCACAAGGUAACGAUGGGGCUACGGGACCGCAGGGGCCACCAGGCAACGAUGGGGCUACAGGACCACAGGGCCCACCAGGCAACGAUGGGGCUGAUGGGGCUACAGGACUGCAGGGGCCACCAGGCAACGAUGGGGCUACAGGACCGCAGGGGCCACAAGGCAACGAUGGGGGUACGGGACCGCAGGGACCACAAGGCAACGAUGGGGGUACGGGACCGCAGGGGCCACCAGGCAACGACGGGGCUGAUGGGGCUAAAGGAUCGCAGGGUCCACCGGGCAAAGAUGGAGCUGGUGGGACUCCAGGACCACAGGGACCGGCGGGAGAGAAAGGGGAGCCGGGAAAAACUGGGUCGCCGGGUCCCCAAGGCUUAAGAGGAAGCACGGGCGCAACGGGGCCUCGAGGACAGCCGGGAUCAAGUGGUCGAGCUAUAUGGGGAUCAUGCAGGGAUGUCAAUGGGUCGUGGCAAGAAGCUGUCGGUAGAGAUUUGCAAUACCUAGACCGACAUCACGUGCGAUGUAAUUCAAAUGAAUUUCUCGUUUCUUGGAGGAUGAGAUCGGAAGGAACGAACAUAGGUGAUUCUGGACGAUUAGAGUGGCGAUGUUGCACAAUAAAUAUUGUGUAGUUGUAAAAAGUGUAAUCGUUUGAUCAGAUGAGUUGCUGGAUAACAACACAUACGGAACAUUUCACACGGCUACUUGUGCAAGCAAUCCAAAUGGCCUUCAUAAAGACUUCCAUACAUUUAGUGUAUCUCUCUUGGAUAGUUUACCUAGAGCAGUGGCCUUAUAUGAAUACUGAUAAUGAA